UGCUGUGGGAACCGCUCGACAAGCGCCCUGCGGGAAUGUGAGCCCCGGCACCCUGUUGUGGGUGCCGGCUUGUUGACACCUGAUCCGGCCUCCACUUCCGCUUCCAGGUGUUUGCGGAGUUCAGGCCUCCUGCUGAGGAGUUCGCUCCACAGUCACGUCUGCUGGGCUGUGGCUGUCGCCUCUUCCUGCAGCGCCUGUCGACCGCCCUCAGUCGACUUAAGUGCUCCUCUAUGCGCUGCGGUUGGAUGGAAACAACCCCCUCCCGGCGGUUUAGACGUUGGCCUGCGGGAGAAGAUGCACUUUCUGUAUUUCUCUAAGGCAGGAAGUCAUUAUGCAACUAACACAUUUUCAUCAGAUUUCCUCUGAUUUACCCUGAAGUGUAUGUGAGAAUAAUGUACACUGCCAAGAAAUGUGGGAUUAAAUUCCAGCCUCCAGCUAUUAUCUUAAUCUAUGAGAAUGAAAUCAAGGGGAAAAGUCGCCAGCGAAUUAUGCCAGUCCGAAACUUUUCAAAGUUUUCAGAUUGCUCCAGAGCUGCUGAACAAUUAAAGAAUAAUCCACGACACAAGAGUUACCUGGAACAAGUAUCCCUGAGGCAGCUGGAGAAAUUAUUCAGCCUUUUACGAGGUUACUUGUGGGGACAGAGUUUGGCAGAAACAAUGGAACAAAUUCGACGGGAAACAACCAUUGAUCCUGAGGAAGACCUGAACAAACUAGAUGACAAGGAACUUGCCAAAAGGAAGAGCAUCAUGGAUGAACUUUUUGAGAAAAAUCAGAAGAAGAAGGAUGAUCCAAAUUUUGUUUAUGAUGUUGAGGUUGAGUUCCCACAGGAUGAACAACUGCAGUCCUGUAGCUGGGACACAGAGUCAGCUGAUGAAUUCUGAUACCAGACACUCAAAAAAGUUACUGGGCUAGCCAAAUAUCCAUAUUUAUACAAAGUACAUAAAUUGAUUCUAGAAAAAAAUCUUUAAAGAACACUAAAUGUAUAUGUUGGUCAUAAUUAGAAUGACCAUGUUACUUUUCAAAACCAGGAUAUUUAGAACAUCUACUAUGUAGGUGCACGAGAAAUAUAGGAAAAAGAGAAUAAAGGAAUCUGCCUUUGAGGAGCUUACAGUUUAAUUGGAAGAUAAGUCAAAAACCUGUGAAAAGCUAAUUUACAGUAUUAGGCAGUGAAAAGAUUAGAGCCAGAUGCUUAAAUAAAGGCUAAAAAAGGUUAGAGCCUAGAUUAUCAUAGGGUAGAAUAGUAGGGGAAGACUUUGUCCUUUAGUGGGAAGACAGGACUUUGCAUAGUCCUUGAAAUGGUAAUAUUUGGAUAGAAGCUUGUGUAGGAUUCCAGAUGAGAACAACUAGAAAGAAGAGUGGAGGGGAGAAGGUAGUAAAACAACAAGAAAUAGAAAUUUGUAUUUGAUUAGCAUCUGAAGUGGGCAGAAAAAAAAGAAAUUUGUAUUUGAGAAACAGUAAGCAAAUUAUAGUUUGACAAGAUUGGAGGGCAUAUAUGGUAUAGGGAAUUAUCCUGUAUGCAUUGUCUUUAUAUGUGUUUGACUAUAGUGGAAGAGUGCCCUGUAAAAUGCCCUGCAGCUGCAAGUAGAUGUCAUUUGAUGGACAACAGGGGAAUUCUGCCCCUCUGGUAUCAUAUCAGGAAAUAUAUACCAAAGAUAUUCUGAAACCCUGAAACUCUUCCCAUAAGAGGUUUGUUUAUAAAAUGGGAAAUCCACCCAUAAUAAAUGAACAAUAAGUGCUGCCAGUUUAGACCUAUUCAUGAUUUGGAUCUACAAGAGAGGAUCUUUGUUUAACAAGGUUGUCUGUGUAUAGAUACAUUUAUUACUAAAAUAUUAUUUAGAUGAUAGAAAUUCCAUGUUUUCUAUGAGGAAAUUAGUAUUCAUUAAAUAAAACUGUAAAAAUAA